AUGGCUCGCUUGAUUGCGCAUGCGCGCCCUUUUCCCUAUCCUUCUCCGCCAGCCAGCCAGCAGACCACGCCCCCACCCGGAGGCAUGGAAUCUACCUCAGCAUCCGACAAGGAAGGCCCGCCUCCCGCGAAACGGCGAAAGAUAUCAAAAGAGCGCAGUACGGAAUAUCUCGAUCUCCGCGGCAGCGAGGUCCCCCCAAACCAGGAUCCCGAACUCGACCAACUCCUCCGUGUAUUGCACGAGCGACGCAAAAUCGUCGUCAUUGCCGGCGCGGGCAUCUCAGUGUCGGCAGGGAUACCUGACUUUCGAUCUGCGGGCGGCCUGUUCAGAAGUCUCAAAGAUGAGCACAAGCUCAAAGGCUCUGGGAAAGACCUAUUCGACGCGUCGGUGUACAAAGACGACACAUCCACCUCUUCCUUCCACGACAUGGUCAGCUCCAUGUCGCGUAUGACGAAGGAGGCGGCUCCUACUCCUUUCCACCACAUGCUGGCGACCAUCGCGAACGAGGACCGGCUCCUCCGACUGUACUCGCAGAAUGUAGACGGCAUCGACACCGCUUUGGAGCCACUGAAGACGAGCGUGCCUCUGCGGAAAGACGAGGGGGGCAAGUGGCCCAAGACUGUUCAGCUGCACGGAAGCCUGGACAAGAUGGUGUGCUCCAAAUGCCAUGAACUCUCCGACUUGAACGCCGAUCUAUUCUCUGGUCCCGUGCCUCCAGCCUGCCCCAACUGCGAGGAGUUUAACAGCAUCCGCGUCAACCAUGAGGGCAAGCGUAGCCAUGGGAUCGGCAGAUUACGCCCGCGCAUGGUCCUCUACAACGAGGGGAACCCCGACGACGCGGCGAUCGGCAGCGUGACUACGGAAGAUUUACGGAAAAGACCCGACGCCGUCAUUGUGGCCGGGACGACUCUCAAGGUUCCGGGAGUGAAGAGAAUAGUUCGCGAGAUGUGCAAGACUGUACGGAACCGCCGCGGUGGAGUCGCAAUCUGGAUCAACACCGACCUUCCGCCCGUGGCUAAGGAAUUGGAAGACUGCUUCGACAUCAUUGUGCAAGGGCCUUGCGAUGAGGUUGCAAGACGCGCGGCCAUGCGCAAAUGGGAUGCGCCGCGAGAGCAAGACGAGUGCUCUCAAGUCACGGAGGACGAGAUGAAGAAUGCCUCACUGCCGCCCAUGUGGAAGCAUUGCCCACGCAGCUGCAUUUGA